AUGGGUCGUGUCAUCAGAGCUCAACGUAAGGGAGCGGGUUCCGUCUUCAAGUCCCACACCCACCACCGCAAGGGUCCGGCUAAGUUCCGCAGCCUCGAUUACGGCGAGCGAAAUGGAUACCUCAAGGGAGUCGUGACGGAGAUCAUCCACGACCCCGGACGUGGUGCGCCGCUUGCUCGCGUCACUUUCCGUCAUCCUUUCCGUUACAAGAAGCAGAAGGAGCUCUUCGUCGCCGCCGAAGGCAUGUACACCGGCCAGUUCCUCUACUGUGGUAAGAAGGCUACUCUCGUCGUCGGAAAUGUCCUCCCGCUCAGAUCUAUCCCAGAGGGAGCCGUCGUCUGCAACGUCGAGCACCACGUCGGUGAUCGUGGUACACUCGCUAGAGCUUCCGGCGAUUACGCAAUCGUCAUCGCUCACAACCCUGACAGCGACACUACUAGGAUCAAGUUGCCAUCUGGAUCGAAGAAGAUUGUGCCGAGUGGAUGCAGAGCCAUGAUUGGUCAAGUUGCUGGAGGAGGAAGAACAGAGAAGCCGAUGCUCAAGGCAGGAAACGCGUACCACAAGUACCGUGUGAAGAGGAACUCAUGGCCUAAGGUUCGUGGUGUGGCUAUGAAUCCAGUGGAGCAUCCUCACGGAGGAGGUAACCACCAGCACAUUGGUCACGCUAGUACCGUUAGGCGUGACGCACCACCGGGACAGAAGGUUGGUCUCAUCGCUGCGAGGAGGACUGGUCGUCUCAGAGGUCAAGCCGCUGCUUCUGCAGCCAAGGCUGACUAG